UACGCCUGGUGUGAUGUCGGUUUGUGUGUGUGUGCAUACGCAUGCGUGUGUGUGUGUGUGUGUGUCUGGGGUCCUCGGAGGAGUGGGCAGCCCGGGCUUUUUUAAGGUCUCCCUGAGUGGACACACAGGGCGCGCUCUCUCGCUCCCCCUGCUCCGCAAGCAAGAAGAAAAAGUGCAAACUGUCCUCAUCCGAUUACAUAAUGAUCCAGUAACAGUGAGCCGGAACCGGCGCUGCCAGUGCCAGUGCGCAGGGAGACACUGACUAGCUGCUGGGGAAUCGUCAACCAGGUCCGACCGGGUUCCAGUUUGUUUGUCGUUAUCAUUACUACUAUUAUUUUUAUUUUUUUAUUAUUAUUAUUUGCUGAGAAAUUUGUUUUGGUACUUUUUUCAAAAUUUUUUGUUUUCUCAGAUGCACGGGAUGACUUCGACGUAGCGUCGUGAGAGCAAAAAGAAAAAAAAAACAUGCAACACAAUGGUGAAAAGUGACGUUAAACAUGUGUGAACCAUCAACAAGUGCAACCCGGUCAAGACCCUGAAGUUUUGCAGCAAUUUCUUCAUCUUUUUUUUUCUAAGUCAUACACACAAAAUACAUCUCCGUCUGCUGCUUUUCUUUUUUUUUUUGUCUUUUUUUGCACGUUUGCUGGAUGGUGAAGCCGUCCAAGCUGGACUCAAAGCAAACGCCCAUCACAAGUCAACAGAAAGUGCCAGCCAUGACUUCAGCCACUCCUCCGUCCUCCGAAGGCUCCUCCCCGCAGAAAGUGUGCCAUUCCCAGACGCAGACGGACAUCAGCAAGCCCCUGCUGAGCUCCACGGGGGGAAGCGGGGCUCCCGCCGCCGGUGGGGGGGAAACGGGAGGGCCAAACGCGCUGCGCAGGAGACGCAGAGUCCUCUCCAAGGACGGACGGAGCAACGUCCGCAUCGAGCACAUCAGCGGCAGGGGGGCCCUGUACCUCCGUGACCUCUGGACGACGUUCCUGGACAUGCAGUGGCGCUACAAGUUCUUCUUUUUCUCUGCCACUUUUACCGGGACGUGGUUCCUGUUUGGGGUGCUUUGGUACCUGGUGGCCCUUGUGCACGGAGACCUGCUAGAGUUCGACCCACCGUCCAAUCACACGCCGUGUGUGAUGGAGGUGAAGACGUUGACAGGGGCCUUCCUCUACUCCCUGGAGUCGCAGACCACGAUUGGCUACGGCUUCCGGUGCAUAACAGAGGAGUGCCCCGUCGCAAUAGUCCUGCUCAUUGUUCAGCUGGUCAUCACCAUGGUGAUGGAGAUUUUCAUCACUGGGACUUUUCUCGCAAAAGUUGCCCGUCCCAAGAAGAGAGGCGAGACGGUGAAGUUCAGUCAACAUGCCGUUGUGUCGUUUCACGAGGGUCGGCCCUGCCUGAUGAUCCGAGUGGCCAACAUGCGCAAGAGCCUGCUGUUGGGAUGUCAGGUGACGGGGAAGUUGCUCCAAACGUCUCUGACCAAAGAGGGUGAAACGGUGCGGCUGGACCAGCGCAACGUGCCCUUCCAGGUGGACACGUCCAGCGACAGCCCCUUCCUCAUCAUACCCCUGACGUUCUACCACAUCAUCGACGAGAACAGCCCGCUCAGAGCCUGGGCAGCAAAGGGUGGAGGCUGGGCAGACCCGGAACUGGCUGACUUUGAGCUGCUGGUGAUCAUGAGCGCCACGGUGGAACCGACGUCGGCCACCUGCCAGGUCCGAACGUCGUACCUCCCCGACGAGAUCCUCUGGGGCUACGAGUUCCCGCCCGUCGUCUCCCUCUCCCCGUCGGGGAAAUACGUGGCGGAUUUCGCCUUCUUCGACAAAGUGGCAAAGACCAAGACGUCUCCCUUCCGCAGGCAGCCGUCGGAGACGCGCGCCAACGGCGCCAGGGAAGACGACGCGAGCCGGGAGAGGCUCAUACUGGAGGAGCACUGCAAGGGGAAGGAAAAGAAGCGGGAGCGGGGCCGCGCCAGAGACAGCAGCCCGCUGAGCGUUCGCAUCAGCAACGUAUGAAGCCGAGGGCGAAAACAGGAAGAUGUGGGAGGAAGUGGUGGAGAGAAUCGGGGGAAGAGGAGGGAGCGUCUGCUGCUAAACGAAAGCGCACCCUCCCCCCACGCACAGCCAGUAUUCACCUUUCUACACACACCAACAUGUGGACCACAUGAAAGCUGAGCACCUGAGCAUUUCCUGAAAACAACAAGUCUGUAAAAAAUAAGGUGUCAGCCAGCCUAGAACAAACUAGAACAAACCUACAGCAGGUUUUAAAUGUAUUUUAUAUUGUGUGAUAUGUAAUGUUAGGUACUAGGCCGCUCUGUUAAAAUGUGGCCCAUUCUUCUUUUAGAGACGAAAUAUUUCUCCACCAGAGAAAGGGACGAACAGUACCAAGAAAACUCUUUGAGUUUGUUUGUGCGUAUUACUGAAUCGCAGUACUGUGUUUAAAGGCUCCAUUAUGCAGAAAACGCGUGAUGCUGCACGCCGUGUUGCACGUAGCGUCGCGCAAUGCAACAUGGCACGGGGGACAGGGAAGGGGCCAUCUAAAUAUCCAGCUAUCAUCACGUUCCCAUUCUUCACGGUUUGCACUCAUUGCAGCACACUGGACCUUUUAAGGACUACCUGGUACGACUCGUGUAAAUAUGACGUUUACGUGUCAUUUUAAGGGGCUGUUUCAUAUCUUAUUCCACUCUGACACCAUUUAACCGUAACAUGUUCGUCUUCGAUGGCUGUCAUGGGUUCAACGAGUUUAGUCAUUUUACUAAAAGAAAGCACUUUAACCGGAAAUAAAAGUGGGAUUUAUUUUAUUCUUUUUUCAAACAAGCAAUAACAAAACUAACCUCGUUAUCGUGUUAAAUGAUUAAAAUGUGUAUUUUCACCAGCUGAGAGAUGAUGUCUUUUUGAAUGAAGCUUUUUGUGAACUUAUGUACAGUAUGUUCCCUCUGUUGAAGUACAGCUCAUGUAAAUAUAUUUCUCCUACGUGCUUCCAUUUGGUAUAAACGGGCCACUGAGUGGCGGGUCUGACUGUUUAAGUUUUAACAUUUUAACUCUGUAAAGUACCUACUGUCAUGUCUGUCUUUCUACUGCUGACAUUUUGUGACAAAGUUCAUGUCAGAAUGAAAAUGAAACAAACCUUAAAGCACCAUUGACCUUAAAACAAUAUGGUACUUUGUACAAGAGGCCAUGUUAAUGCUUUGCUUUUUUUUAACGUCCGAGAUUUUGUGAGGGAACAGGAAACUUCCCGAAAAAUCCUGAAAUUUGUUGAAAAACAUUUCCUUUCAGAAAGGCUUUGGGCCAAAGUCCCCAUAAUCACAACUACACGUUGCCAUUUUCUCACCUGAUUCUCCCCCGUCAACAUCCGCGGUGCGUUUUUCAUACAUUCAUAGGUUAAAAAAUAAAAUUGCAUAUCAUUUCUGAAAUGUCAUUUUCAUUUAACCCUGUUAUAACCUUCAGUUAUUUUUGCUUGAAGUUUCCUUUGGAGUAGUUGACUGCAAAUAAAUACUAGUAUUGAAUACAAAUACUAGUGAUAAAACUUGUGGCAUCCCUCUUGAAGACAUUAUUUAUUGCAGUCAUAAAAUUACACUACAGAUAGAUUGUAGGAAACGACUUUGGAAGCAGUUGUUAAAAGUUGAGUCUUGAAGCAUCUCAUGAGAAACAAGUUAAUUUGUUCCUGAAGAAGUUGGGGAUGAAAACAUGAAAUGAUUGCUGGGGCAAAACCAAAAGUAAGUAAAUAAAUAGCUAAACAACGAAAAGCCAAAUAUCUUAAUAAUACUAGUACUAAUAAUAAGCACUGUGCUAGAUUAAAAAUAUCCCAAUAAAGUCAACUUUUGCACCACUCUUUUUACGUCCACUUGAUAAAAUCAUAAGAUUGCCUGCCUUCCCAUCAACGACGACUGCUGAAAAUGUUUCAGGCUGGACGUUGUCCUGGUUUCUGCAUCACAAUGUAUUCAAUGAAUGACUGUUUUAAUCCUGCAAGCUCUCCGCUCAAACUGUCCAUGUAACUUUAAGUGCCUUGUUUAAUAAAUGUAUCAUUUGCAACAGUA